CGUCGCACAUUAUCUACAUCAAACAGCAUCAAGUACGAGAAAACGAGGCAUCACUACCUCAAGGAAGAACACUGUUCGUAGUCGGUGUUCCACCUCUCUGUACUGAGGAGGCUUUACGAAAUGUGUUCGCGGUGAAUGGUGAAGUCUCGCGCGUUUACAUGCGCAAACGUCCGGGCUUGGUGUCUACAGAGUCUACUGACUGUUUGUCUUCUCAGUCUCGUUCUUUGAAGGAAUCGCCUGGUCUUCGCAAUGCUCUGGGAAUGGAUCCGUCGGUUGAGCGGUAUUUGUCUACGCCAAGCUGUCAGAUAGCAACAGGAAUGAAAAAAUGGAUUCACGAGUACCGCUCCAAGUGGCCAGAUCCGAGUUCUCUCCAAGUUGAAAUCGAUGACUACAUGAUAAAAUUCGAUGAGAAAUCAAAACAGGAACGAGAAGAACAACAAGCAAAGCAAGGACAACCUGACGACGAAGGCUGGGUGACCAUCACACGAACUAAAAAGGCUUUCAAGCCGAACGAAACGAAUCGCAGAGAGAUGCUACGAACGAAGAAGAAACGCAAACAGAAGGAGUUACUCAAUUUUUAUCAGUUUCAGCAGAGGGAAACGAAACGCGAUCAGAUUGCACAGCUGAGGAAGAAAUUCGAAGAGGACAAACAUAAAAUCGCGACCAUGAGAGCGACACGCAAAUUCAGACCCUACAACUGAUGGUAAACGAAUUGCUAAGCGACUAAUUUAUUCAUAACUUGAACGUGAAGUAGAGUAGGUCACUGGUGAGUCUGAUUUUAAUUUUUCAACAAUAUGGAUGCAUAUACUGACAGGUGGGAAUACGAGGCUCAAGGAAAUAGUCAGGGACUCAAUAACUACACGUUGACAUCUUGUCAUGCCUAGAAUGGUGGUGACCAGUUGGUGUUGAGAAUGAGUUAUGUACGCAUGCACUAGCAGUGAGC